AUGGCCGAUCGCUACAUUCCCGAGCAUCGUCGCACGACGUUCAAGGCGAAGAACACCUUCAAGCCCGAUGAGCUGCGCCGUCGCCGCGAGGAGCAGCAGGUCGAGAUCCGCAAGCAGAAGAGGGAGGAGAACCUUGCAAAGCGCCGUGGCAUCGCCCCCCGCGAAGGCGGCGGUCCCGGUGCUGCGCUGGGCGCCGCUCCGGACAGCGAUGAUGAGGGUGGAAACAUCGAGAGCCAGCUCAACGAGGAGCUCCCCCAGAUGGUCAAGGGCGUCUUCUCCGAACAGAUAGACGAGCAGAUCCAGGCCACCACCAAGUUCCGAAAGCUCUUGUCCAAGGAGCGCAACCCUCCCAUUGAGCGUGUCAUCGAGACUGGUGUCGUGAGCAGAUUCGUCGAGUUCCUGCGCUCUCCCCACACUCUCGUUCAGUUCGAGGCCGCAUGGGCCCUCACCAACAUCGCCUCGGGUUCUGCCCAGCAGACCCAGGUCGUCAUCGAGGCUGGCGCCGUUCCUAUCUUCGUCGAACUCCUUAGCAGCCACGAGCCUGAUGUCAGGGAACAGGCUGUUUGGGCCCUGGGUAACAUUGCCGGUGACAGCCCCGCGUGCCGCGACUUUGUCCUGCAGGCUGGCGCUCUCAAGCCGCUUCUCAACCUGCUCGGCGACAGCCGCAAGUUGAGCAUGCUCCGCAACGCUACCUGGACUCUGAGCAACUUCUGCCGUGGCAAGACCCCGCAGCCUGACUGGCAGACCAUUGCCCCCGCCCUUCCCGUUCUCGCAAAGCUUGUUUAUUCGCUGGAUGACGAGGUCCUAAUCGAUGCUUGCUGGGCGAUUUCCUACCUUUCCGACGGCUCAAACGACAAGAUCCAGGCCGUCAUCGAGGCCGGCAUCCCGCGCCGCCUGGUUGAGCUUCUGAUGCACGCUUCGACCUCGGUCCAGACCCCUGCUCUGCGCUCUGUCGGUAACAUCGUCACUGGUGAUGACGUUCAGACUCAGGUCAUCAUCAACUGCGGCGCUCUGCCCGCGCUUCUCUCUCUGUUGAGCUCCACCAAGGAUGGCAUUCGCAAGGAGGCUUGCUGGACCAUUUCCAACAUUACCGCUGGCAACUCGACCCAGAUCCAGGCCGUCGUUGAUGCUAACAUCAUCCCCCCGCUCAUCCACCUUCUUUCGAACGGAGACUUCAAGACCCGUAAGGAGGCCUGCUGGGCCAUCUCCAACGCAACCUCGGGUGGUCUCCAGAAGCCUGACCAGAUCCGCUACCUCGUAUCGCAGGGCUGCAUCCGCCCUCUGUGCGACUUGCUGGCCUGCCCCGACAACAAGAUCAUUCAGGUGGCUCUGGACGGUCUGGAGAACAUCCUCAAGGUUGGCGAGAUGGACAAGGAGGCCACGGAGGGCGGCGAGCCGAUCAACCGCUAUGCGCUGUUCAUCGAAGAGUGCGGUGGCAUGGAGAAGAUCCACGACUGCCAGAACAACGCGAACGAGGAGAUCUACAUGAAGGCCUACAACAUCAUUGAGAAGUACUUCUCGGAUGAGGAAGACGCGGCUGGCGAUAUGAACGAGCUGGCUCCUCAGCAGGGCCAGGACGGCACGUUCGGCUUUGGCGCUCAGCCUCAGCAGCAGAACUUCAACUUCGCCAACGGCGGGGACUCGAUGGACAUGUGA